GAACCGCUGCGCAGGAACCGCCGUCCAACAUGUCGACGGAGAUCAAGACCGUCGCCGAUUACGAGACCGCCAUCAAAUCCGGCAAGAACGCGAGCACUCCGGCGCCUCGAGCGCGCGCGCGCGCGCGUCUCGCGCUCCCCGCACCGCGCCGCGAGCGCGCGCGUCCCGCGCGCCGCCUCGAAGCCGCGCGCGCGCGUCCCGCGCGCCGCCUCGACGCCGCGCGCGACGCCGCAGGUCGUGAUCCUCUUCACGGCGUCGUGGUGACCGCCGUGCAAGACGUUCGGCCCCAAGUACGACGCGCGCGCCGCCACCGCGGCCGCGCUCCUCUGCAAGGUCGACGUCGAGAACCCGGAGACGCAGUCGCUCUGCCAGAAGCACGGCGUCUCCUGCAUGCCCACGGUCGUCGUCAUCAAGGACGGCAAGGAGGCGGGCAAGAUGGAGGGCGUCGACCAGGCCAAGUUCGAGGUCUGGGCGUCCGGCGGCUAG